AUGGGGAGGGUGCAGAUACGCGUGGUGAUGGUAAGCGUGGCGGUGGCUGCGCUGGUACUCGUCGCCGCCAUCCUGGGGUCGUUGACGGCGGCGAUGACGGCGGUGUUUUUGUACGCUGCGUCGCGGAACGUGGGAGGGUCGAACCUGCCCAGGCGGGGCCGCUACCACUCCAUGCGCGGCUGUAGAGUCUUCGAUCGCGGGGUCUUCUCGUCGGCGUCCGCCACGUCCGCCUUCGCGGCCUUCGUCGGGAUCACCGCCUACGUCUACCAGGAGACGGCGGAUACGGAUGAGUCGGAGGUAGCCAGCCCUGACGUCCCGUUGGAGCAGCGACCGCAUUUCCUGCCGCAGCAGUCAUACCCGGCCGUGGGAUACCCUGCUGCUCCUCCUCCCCCUCCACCGUACGGCGGCUACGGAGCCAAGGCACCUGCAGGCACAGCUUGA